UUCUCAUCAUGUGUUGUUGAGUGUUUCUUGACAUGUGGAGUUGAGAAGUCUAAUUUUUCUAUUUUUUAAAUUGUCACUUUAUUUUAAUUACUGGAGAAAUUGUUUGAAAAUAAUUUCUGAUUAAUAGUGUAACAAUGGCUGAUACGAACAAUGUAAUUGAAGGAGAAGCACCUCCACAGAAAACAGCAAAACAAUUGCAAAAGGAGAAGGAAAAAUUGGCAAAACUUGAGAAAUUUAAGCAGAAACAGGAAAAGAAACUUUCUACAGCGGCGAAAAGUGCAACAGAAAAGACUGAGAAACCUGAGAAGAAAAAGAAAGAAUCGAAAGAAAGUGCCAAGUAUACGAUAAAUACUUCGCCUGGAGCAAAGAAAGAUGUUACAAGUCCUAUGCCAGACGCUUACAGUCCAGAAUAUGUCGAAGCUGCUUGGUAUUCCUGGUGGGAAAAGGAAGGAUUCUUCAAACCAGAAUAUGGAAGAAAAAGUAUAUCGGAAGAAAAUCCGAAUGGAAAAUUCGUGAUGGUUAUUCCUCCUCCUAAUGUCACUGGUUACCUUCAUCUUGGACAUGCUUUGACUAAUGCAGUUGAGGACGCAAUCACAAGAUGGAACCGAAUGAAGGGACGUACGACUCUUUGGAAUCCAGGCUGCGAUCAUGCUGGGAUUGCAACUCAAGUUGUCGUGGAGAAGAAACUUUGGAAGGAAGAAAAAAAGACAAGACACGAUUUGGGUCGAGAAAAAUUUAUUGAAAAAAUUUGGCAAUGGAAGAAUGAGAAAGGCGGUGGUAUUUAUUCUCAAUUGAAAAGUUUGGGUGGCUCCUUCGAUUGGGAUCGCGCCUGUUUUACAAUGGAUCCAAAACUUUGUCGAGCAGUCACAGAAGCAUUUGUUCGCUUACACGACGACGAAACAAUUUACAGGAGUAAUCGCCUCGUCAAUUGGUCCUGUGCUCUGAAAAGUGCAAUCUCCGAUAUCGAGGUGGAUAAAGUUGAGCUUACGGUAAGGACUUUGCUGUCAAUUCCUGGCUACAAUGAAAAAGUGGAGUUCGGAGUUUUAGUGCUAUUUUCGUAUGAAGUUGAGAAUUCAGAGGAAAAAAUCACUGUUGCGACAACGAGAAUAGAAACAAUGUUGGGAGAUACUGCGAUUGCAGUGCAUCCUAAUGACAAACGUUACUCCCAUUUGAUUGGAAAAAAUGUAAAGCAUCCUUUCUGCGAUAGACGCUUACCAAUUGUAGCUGACGAAUACGUCGAAAUGGAUUUCGGAACAGGAGCUGUGAAGAUCACUCCUGCUCACGAUCCGAAUGAUUAUGAAAUUGGAAAGAGGCAUAAUUUACCUUUUAUUACAAUUUUUGACGAUGAUGGAAAUAUUAUUGGAGAUUAUGGAGUUUUUACGGGAAUGAAAAGAUUCCAUGCAAGGAAAGCGAUUUUGAAAGAACUAACAGAGAGGAAAUUAUUUGUCGAGACAAAGGAUAAUCCAAUGGUUGUGCCAAUUUGCAGUAGAUCGAAAGAUGUCGUUGAGCCUCUUAUAAAACCUCAAUGGUACAUUAAGUGCGAUGAAAUGGCGAAAAAUGCAAUGGAAGUGGUAGAAAAGGGAGAAUUGAAAAUUAUUCCAGAGCAAUUUAAAAAGACUUGGGAUCAUUGGAUGACAGGCAUAAGAGAUUGGUGCAUUUCACGACAACUUUGGUGGGGUCACCGCAUUCCGGCUUAUUUUGUCGCUGUUAAUGAUUCCUCAGUUCCAGCUGGUUCGAUGACUGAUAAUAAAUAUUGGGUCAGUGGUCGAUCAGAAGAGGAAGCUAGGGAGAAAGCAGCAAAAAGAUUUGCAGUCAGUGUCAAUCAAAUUUCUUUACAACAAGAUCCAGAUGUUUUAGACACUUGGUUUUCAUCCGCUCUUUUCCCAUUUUCAAUAUUCGGAUGGCCCGAGGAGUCGGAAGAACUUCGAGCUUUUUAUCCAGGAACGUUGCUGGAAACUGGUCAUGACAUAUUAUUUUUCUGGGUUGCCAGAAUGGUUUUCUUCGGUCAAAAAUUAAUGGGAAAGCUUCCUUUCAAAGAAGUUUAUUUACACGCAAUGGUGAGAGAUGCCCAUGGAAGGAAGAUGAGCAAAUCGUUAGGAAAUGUUAUCGAUCCCAUGGACGUAAUUCGUGGAAUUUCUCUUGAGGAUCUUCAUAAACAACUGUACGACUCGAAUCUCGAUCCAAAGGAACUGAAACACGCAGUGGAGGGACAAAAGCGUGAUUAUCCGCAAGGAAUUCCCGAAUGUGGAACUGAUGCGCUGCGUUUUGCUUUAUGCGCUUACACAACGCAAGGUCGUGAUAUUAAUCUCGACAUCCAACGUGUUCAAGGUUAUCGAUUUUUCUGUAAUAAACUUUGGAAUGCAAGUCGAUUUGCACUUACUUAUCUCGGCGAUGGAUUUAAUUUUGAAGAUGAUGCGAAAAUGAAUGGAAAAAUUGAGGUGGCGGGAAAUAAUGAGUGGCUACUUUCAACAUUAAAUGAAAAAUGUGUUCAGAAAGCGAUCAAUGAAUAUCUUGGGAAUUUUCCUUACGCUGAUGGAUUCACUCCGUCUCAAAGAGAUAAUGAACUUCAUAGAAAUUUCAACUCCUUGAGAAGUGAUUUUAAUAAAUUUCCGCAUCUGAAAAGAUGGUUUAAUCAUUUAAAAACGUUCAGUGAACAGGAGAAAGCUCGAUUUAGAGUGGAAGGACAGUUUGAUUGUAAAUUGAGUAGAAAAAGUGAUAAUGGUGGUGGUUUUCAGUUGACUGGUCAGGAGUCGAAAAUGGACUUGUGGAUGCUCUCUAGAGUUAGCAAUGCAGCUAAAAUUUGCGAUGAGGGAUUCGCUCAAUAUGACUUUACAGCGGCGACGACUGCCUGUUAUAAUCUUUGGCUCUACGAUUUGUGUGAUGUUUAUUUGGAAUGUAUCAAACCAGUGUUCCAAAAUGGCACCAACGAUGAAAAAACAUCAGCUCAACGAGUACUUUUCAAAACAUUAGACGUUGGUCUUCGAUUAUUGAGUCCUUUCAUGCCAUUCAUAACCGAAGAACUUUAUCAACGUUUGCCUAGAAAAAAUCAAACAUAUCCUAGUAUUUGCGUUAGUUCUUAUCCAACUGCUCUCGAGUGUCCAUGGAGGAAUGAGGAAAUCGAAAAAGACGUCGAUUUCGCUCAAAAAAUUGUGAGGACAAUAAGAUCGACUCGUGCAACUUACCUCUUACCGAAUAAAACAAAAACCGAGGCAUUUAUUGUCUGUAGUGACGAAUCACUGAAGGAGAAAAUCUCCCAGUAUUUAAUGAUGAUCGGAACUUUGGCCUAUUCUCAUUUACAAAUCGGCGAAAUUCCAGCAGGUUGUGCAAUUUUAACCGUUUCUGAUAAAGUUCAAGUUCAUUUGCUUCUAAAGGGCUUGAUUGAUCCUCAAAAAGAACUGGAGAGACUGAAGAAAAAAGAAGAACAACUGAAAGAAGCUGUUCAGAGAUUAGAACAAAGCAUGUCAGCUACUGAUUAUAGCACAAAAGUUCCCGAGGAAGUACAAAAGAUGAACGACGAAAAACUUUUUAACAACAAAGGUGAAUUAAAUCAACUUUGUGAAGCAAUGGAAACGCUUUUGAAAAUGUGAAAUUUAUACAAUAAUUUCUAGUUGUCCCAAUUUCGUAAAAUAUUUAUAAAAUAAAAUUUUUUCAAUUUAAA